AUGCCGGAUCUCAAAGGAGCGUUUUCUGUCAAGUCUGCAAGGGAUUUAGUGCGAAAUAAAUAUCCAAUUCUGGAGGAGGCUAGGCUGUUGUGGAAGAGAGUUGUUCACCCUUCUUUGGCGGCUCAAAAUUGGAAAUUUGUUAGGGGAGCUUGUGCAACUCUAGACAAAGUAAGGAGUAUAUUCAAAAUAGCGUUGGCGUCUAGGUGUAGCAUCUGCCAAACUGAGGAGGAGUCGUUGGAGCAUGUUAUUUGGAGCUGCAGAUGUGCGAAACAAGCGUGGGAGUGGAUGGAAGGUAUUUUCAAGCUUACCCCACAUUACAAUUUGAUUGCUGCAAACAAUGUUGCGAAAGGUUGUAGUAGAAUGGUUAAGGACCUGUGGUUGGUUUCUAUUUUGGUGCUGCGAUCUGAGUUGUGGUAUCAAAGAAACAAAAUGGUGUAUGAGAAGAAAAAGCCAUGCUGGAAUUUCUUCCAAAAACGAGUUUUCAACCUCAUCCAUGAGUACUCGUCAAGAAUGAAGGGUUUUAUGUUCAAUCCUAUCGAGGAGUUACAGAUUCUGAAUUUCUUCAGAGUUAAAUGUCGUAGGGUGAAGUUUAUGGAUCCUUUGGAGUGUCGCUGGUAUACUCUUGUGCAUAAUCAAAUUUUGUUGUGCUACGACGGUACUUCCAGGGGGAAUCCGGGUGUGGCAGGGGCAGGCGUUGUUGCUAGGAAUGCAAACUGUGAAGUGUUUGGUGCAAUGUGCAUUGGUCUUGGAGUUAUUUCAAAUUAUAUGGCAGAACUGUACGAGAUUCUUCUUGGGAUUGAAUGGGAAGUUCAAUUUGGUUAUAGAAAUAUUUUGAUUCGAUCUGACUCAACUAGUGUGAUAAAUGCCUUGAGGAAGAUAGGGUGCCCUGGUUUGCGCAGCAAAGGUGGGAUAAUGCCAAAAGUCUUUAUGAUUCUAUUAUAUUUAUGCAUACUUACCGGAAAGCAAAUUUUGCAGCUGAUAAAAUGGCGAAGAGUGGUUGUUUAUUGGACUAUGGUGUAA